AUGCAGUAUGAGAUCGGCGGAGCUCCAAGGCGGCCGCGACCGAGGUGCGUGCUCAGCCCCAGCGGGCCAGAACUGAGUGAAACUGAGGAGGACAGCAGCAGGGAGGCUGGUCGCCCCGCUGUUGACAAUGGAAACACAGACCAGCCCAUCAACAAAAUAAAACAGGAGCGAGAGGAAAGUAAGGCGGCAGUGGCAGGUCCGCCAACGUUUUCGCUUCCGGUGCCAUUCCCGUUCCCGCACCCGUUCCUGCCACCCGCGCCAGCCUAUCCGCCCCAACCCACCCACAGCUCCGCCUCAUCUCACAGCUCAGAAUCUUCCUCUGGAUCUCAGCAAACUUGGAGCUUCGAAGAGCAGUUCAAACAGGUGCGCGUCGUCAUAUUUCGAAGGCUCUUAACAACCUGGUGCUACUUUUCUACUUGUCUAAACGGAUUAGCGAUUAAUUUUCACCUUCGUGAAACUCUUCAAGACCAUGUCCCUCCAUCUCCUCCUCAUCCUCAACCACCUCCCGGUUAUACUUACCACGCUGACGUCAGUUGCCUAUACGCCAAACAUGUUGUGCUACAACUGAUAUUUGUUUGA